ACCGCUGAAUGUGAAUUGUGUUUCGUUUCUUCUGACGUCUGUUAGAUUUCUGUGAUUCAUUUUCGUUAUCAAGAAUUGUAAUCCAAAAUUUUUAGUUUACUAUUUAAUUACGCACAAAGAUAGUUCGUUUGGUACUUUUUCGAGAAUAACAGUUUAGUAUUAGAUUCGGAAUGUCUAAUUUGUUUUUUCUCGGAUCUCUGAUCAUCGUUUUUGGGAUUAUUUACUUUUUAGAUUUGAUGUUCAGGAGCUGUAUGCUUUUUCCUUAUAUAAAGUUCCUCCAUGAUACAGGGAUAGUCAUUAAGCCCUUGACAAUUUGUUGGGAAACAACAUGCCUAAAUCGUACAUUUAUGAGAUGUGGUAGCAUCAAACCUAUCUGCUUGAGAAGAUGGUUUCAAGUUGGUGCCUUUGUUGUAUCUUUGUCUGUGAUACCUGCUCUUUGUAUAUUAUUUAUUCCAGUUUUUCAGUUUUUGAGCUAUGAUGACAGGACUCCCAUAUUCAUGCCGAUUAUUCCCGGGUUAAAUCUUCCAUAUUCACAACUGUUGUACUAUUCAUUUUCCCUGUUCAUAUGUGUAACAGUUCAUGAAUUUGGGCAUGCAUUAGCUGCUAGCAGAGAAAAAGUACCCAUUGAAGGAUUUGGCUUAGCUAUUUUUGGUAUUUUUCCUAUGGCUUAUGUCAGAAUGUCUGUAGAACAUUUGAGACAGAUAAAUAUAUCACAGCAACUUCGCAUCUAUUCUGCUGGAAUAUGGCACAAUUUGGUUUUAGCUGCUGUUGCUUUGGCUCUUUUGUCAACCAGUCCUUUCAUUCUUAAACCAUUGUAUCAACAAGGAAAUGGAGUUACUGUCAUUGAUGUGAAACAAGAUUCUGGUUUAGGUCAAAAAGGUGGAUUAAUGAAAGAAGAUACUCUAAUUGGGGUAAAUGAGUGUCUUGUGCAAACUGAAAAUAAUUGGAAAAGUUGCAUUCACCAAGAAUAUGCUAAACUUCAGUCUGGAUUUUGUGUUCAUGAAGCCUUCUAUAAGAAAGAAGACAUUGCAGUUAAGAAAAAUGGAACAUCAUCAGAUUGCUGCCCCGAGACUAAUAAAAAUAUGUGUUUCCGUUUUUCAGAUCAUGAUUUGGAUCAGCUUAUGUGCCUUCCUGCAAGAGAAUUGGCGGAAAAUGCCAAGAUGUGUGUAGAUCAUCAAGAUUGCUGGCGGGAAUUUUGUUUAAUACCAGUCUUAGAGUCCAAGUCUGAGAGAUUUCUGAGAAUUAAACUCUCUUCUAAAAGGGCUGUGUUUUAUGUUGGUCCAAUAGAGGAAAUUUUCUCUUCAGUUGCAGUUAGCCCUUGGGUUUCUAACUAUGCAGCAGUGUGUUAUGCAGAUAUGUUUGAACUUCUACUCGGAUAUAUAUUCUCUUUUUCUUGUGGUUUAGCUAUUCUAAAUACCAUUCCAUUAUUUUGGUUAGAUGGGAAUUACAUUAUCGAAUGUGUUAUUAAUGGAUAUUUGAAAUCAUUUAUUUCUGAAUUUUCAUGUCGUUACAUGCUUAUAUUUACUUUUAAAAUAGUUGGUUGCAUAGGAUUAUUAUUUUCUAUACUUAUUAGUCUUCUUAAAUUUGAUAUAUACAAAUUUAAUGAAUUUUAAAUGCUGUAUUUAUAAUAAAAAUCUUCUUGCUGAAAUAUGGACUUAAUUGAAAUUGAAUUUAACAUACAUAUAAAAAACAACAAAAAAAGUAAUAUUUGAAAAAACUGAGUCUUUUAAGAAAAAUUGUUCGGAUGUAGCAGUUUAGCAUUUAAUCAAAUAGAGUAGAAAUGGCACUUUCUACUGACUCAUUUAAUAUGAAAUUAUGAAACAAUUGUUUGGAAAUAUUUUGGUUAGAAUUGAUGAAAUAAGACCAUGGCCAUAAGUCUGACGAUGUUUAGCCUUGCUAAAGUUUAGAGUUUUGGGAGAUAUUUUUACACUUAUAUGUAUUUUUUCAUUCUAAAUAGUAUUUAUUCAACAAUAUUUAAAUUAGUUCAUUGUGAUUAUAAUAAUAAUGGGAAAGUAUAAGUUGCUGACACAAAUUAUCACAGAGAUACCACAAAUAACUAGUUAUUCCAUUAGAGUUGAUAAUAAGGCUUAGAAAAUUUCAUUUAAGCUGAAAUUAAAUUUUCAAAAUAUUUGCUUGUUUUUCAAAUGCGAGAAUUGUGAAUGCUGAAAUCAUUAAAAAAAAUAUUUUUAUUCAUAUAUCAGGAGUUUUAAAAAAUCAUAAACCGUUUUUGUGAAUCCUUAUUAUUUACAAACAGAUUAAAUACAAAUGAAAUCUCUCUUUACUGUUCU